AUAUAACGUUCUAGUCGUAUCGUUGUCAGCAUAGGGUUGUUCACGUUUGACAAUAGAAGAAAGCAAUAUGAAAUUAUUAAUUAUUUUUGUUUUCUUUACCAUUGCUUGCUGCGGUUAUUGUUUUAAUGAAACUCUGAAGGAUAAAUUAUGCGCAUAUAAACCAGAAAAAAGAAAAGAAGUCCUUGAAUGUUACAUCAAAUAUACGGAUCCAGGAUUGAUAAAUUACUCGAGAAGUUUUUUGAUGUGUCUAUUAGACAAUACUGAAGAUUCUUUUCUUAAAUUGAACGAAAUGGCUUGUGAUCGAACUUUUACAACUGAACAGAAAAGAUGGUGUUUUGAAGAAGCGAGUGUUUUUAUUGUGAACUACACAGAAGACGUUCACGAAAUGGAUAAACAAGCGAUCAAAAAAUGUUUCGUUUAAUAUUAAAAAAAAAAA